AUGCGUCCCACGACGGGUGCCCUUGUGCUAGGCCUUGCCCUCAGCCGGGUAUCGGCUAUCCACGUGGCGACUGGUUCACCUUGCCAGACACUAUGCGGCAACGUACUCGAUGCGACGACCAAGAACGACGUUGUAUGCGACGAGCACUCGUACUCCAGCAGCGCCGGUUCUGUAUACCAGCAAUGCGUGUCUUGCGAGUUGACCAGUGACUUUACGACCAGCACCAACGAGACAGACACGCAAUGGGCGUUGUAUAAUUUGCGAUACGCCAUUUCGUACUGUACUUUUGGAUAUCCAGACAACCCAAAUGUCGGAUCAAGCCCGUGUCUCACAAGGACUGCGUGCGAGCCACUACAAAAGGCAAUCACAUACAGUGAUCUGGCUUCCAACGUCACCGAGUUUGAGUACUGCGAUGUCUGGGAUCAUAACCAGGUCGCCAGCUGUUCGUCGUGUCUCCGUGCAGGAAACAAUAACUUCAUCAACAACUUUCUUACCAUCCUUGACGCGGGCUGCCAGCAAAAACCCGUGCCCGGCACUACAAUUUCUGUUGACGGGUCUCCAUUCUCAAAAACUCGGGUCAACAUCACGGAGCCAACGCCGACGAACACGUACGUCUCGGACUACAACAGCGGUCCCAUCAGUCUCGGCGGCAAGGUCGGCAUUGCGAUUGGAGGCGUUGUUCUCCUUCUUGUGGUUGCCGGUUUCUGCAUCGUGUGGAACGGGAAGAGGAGACGAAGAGCAUUCUUGAAAACACUCGAAAUGAAACAGCAGGGUGGCGGUGGUCGGACCGGAUGGCCAACGCCGCUGAAUACCAGUGGCAUCGGCGGUACUCCCCUCAGCCAGAAGCCCUUGCGAACCUGGGACGCCUCGCCGCAGAGCCAAGGGCCUUCUCGUGGAUGGGACGACUCACCAAUGAGUGCCAAUGGGGAACAACCGUACACGAGAUACUUCUCUCCAUACUCUUCUCAGUACAACAGCCCAGUGAGCGGUGCCGAGGCACCUGCCAUGCAAUGGCCGGUAAACGACGCGAACCCCCAAAGACAACCCCAAGAAAUUGGUCUCGCGUUCGGAGGAGAUAAUCAAGAGCAGAGGUGGAAUGACUCGAAAGGAAAAGAGCGAUCCGAGUCGUACGAGAUGAGAGAUGUUGAGCCUGAGUGGGACGCCCGACAGAGGUACCCAAGCCCACCCAAUGUCCAGCAGCCGGCGCACACGGUGUAUGCUGAACACAACCCGGCGGCCUACCACGGUCUGACAGAGGAGGAUUUGCGGAGAGGAUAUGCCCUCUGA